GUCGGUUUGGCGCAAUUGUGACUCAGUUCAAAAUUGGAAGAAGGAAAAGAUAUCUAGCAGUCUUUUAACUCUACCAAAUCUAGUAUUUCAUUAAGACAUAUUAAAACAUGAAGGACCCUGUGUUUAAAGUUGUCGAUAUUGUUGAAGUAACCCAGCCAAUGUUAGAAAAUGGAGAAGGAAAUAUUUUGGAAGAACAACAAAACAUUAUUUUGAAGGGAGAACACGUGAUAUUGGACGAGGCUAAUGGGACAGGAGGUAGCGAGGCGAGUUCUAACGCCACAGACAGUGUUGAGAGCGACCUGUCAGCGGAAGAAGACCGGGGAAGCUGGGGAGGCAAAAUGGAGUUUAUUUUUACCUGCGUCGGUUAUGCCGUCGGCCUCGGCAACGUCUGGAGGUUUCCUUAUCUCUGCUACAAGAAUGGUGGAGGUGCCUUCCUCAUCCCAUACUGCAUCAUGUUGGCAGUGGUAGGUCUUCCUCUGUUUUACCUAGAGCUUGCGUUUGGUCAGUUCGGAGGGGUUGGACCAAUCACUAUAUGGAGGGUGAACCCACUCUUAAAAGGUCUUGGGUAUUCAAUGGUGAUGGUGUCCUGGUUGAUUUGCUUGUACUACAACGUGAUUAUCUCCCAUGUCUUGUUCUACUUAUUUGCGUCCAUGAGGAGCGUGCUUCCUUGGACUACUUGCGGAAACGCCUGGAACACAAACAGCUGCCUCACUUUCAACUUUUCAGCCGGCGAGCCUGAGCUCCAUGGACGCUUACCAAAUGAAAGCUUCAACACCCCAGCUGAAGAAUAUUACAAGUUUUAUGUGCUGGAACAGAGUAAGGAGGUUGACGAGAUCGGGUCUCUGAACUGGAAGUUAGCACUCUGUCUUCUCGCAGCUUGGGUGAUCGUUGGUAUCUGCCUUAUACGUGGAGUACAGUCCCUUGGAAAGGUUGUAUAUUUUACGGCCAUCUUUCCAUACUUCAUGUUGACCAUUCUGUUGAUUCGAGGUUUAACACUAGAUGGCGCUGUAGAUGGCAUAAUUUACUACCUGAAGCCAAACUUCAGUCGUCUUGGCGACCCACGGGUAUGGAGUGACGCAGCUACACAGAUUUUCUAUUCCCUCAGCGCCUGUUCGGGAGGUUUAAUCACCAUGUCGAGUUUUAACAAAUUCCGCAACAACUGCUACCGUGAUUCUCUCAUUGUUGCGCUCAUCAACUGUGCUACCAGCAUAUAUUCCGGUUUCGUCAUCUUCUCAAUCCUCGGAUUCAUGGCCAAAGAAAAGGGCGUCGCCGUCUCCGAUGUUGCGAAAGGAGGCCCAGGUUUAGCCUUUGAAGUAUACCCAGAAGCCAUUGCACGGAUGCCAGUUGCCCCUCUCUGGGCAGUGUUCUUUUUCCUCAUGAUGGCCACGCUCGGGUUCGGAUCACAGUUUUCCAUAGUUGAAUGUGUCAUGAGUUCUUACUUGGACGAGUUCAGGGACUUUCUGAGGACGAAAAAGGCGUCCAUCAUCUUUCGAAUCUCCGUCUGUGUUGUGUCCUUUCUUCUCGGGCUGCCAAUGGUGUGCAAUGGUGGCAUCUACCUCCUGAAUUUGGUCGACUUCAGCGUUGGUGGUUUUCCUCUGUUGGUGGUCGGUUUCUGUGAGCUGUUGGCCCUUAGUUGGGUAUAUGGAUUUGAUCGAUUUUCUGAAGAUAUAGAAAUGAUGCUUGGAAAGAAGCCCAACAUUUAUUGGAAAGUUUGCUGGAAAUAUGUCUCUCCAAUUGUUAUCCUGGUGACUAUUGUAUUCAACAUCGUUCUGUACAAGGAACCUGACCUCGAAGGGCAGGGCUAUCCCUCGGGGUAUUUGGCGCUGGGGUGGAUCAUCGUCAUCUCCUCAGUCAUCCUUAUCCCUGUGUGGUUUCUUCUCAAGUUCUGCAAAGAUGGCGGUUUUCAGAUGGUGAAAGACAUGAUGUCACCUCUGCCAGAGUGGGGACCAUCUAAGAAGGAAUAUAGAUAUGGCAAUUACGGCGUGGCUCCUGAUGGGCAUUUCGUCCAGAAUACAUUCACAGCAGACGGCUACGCUAAGGCUAACGCACAAUGGCUGAAUCCACAGAUAAUCUUUGGAAGCAAUACCUCUACUUCAACAAUGCAUACAGAGCUUACGAAUGCCACGCCAUUUUCCUCUAAACAGAGCAUAAUAACGACGCCAAACAGCAGUAAACAGUUCUUAACAUUACAGAAUAUAUCCAUGGUAUGAACGGUUUCUUUGGCCGUGUUGGACCUUUCUAAAUGGUUGUGGUGACGAGCAGAUGAUUCACGUGGAGAGUUCUCUGUUGCGUAUGAUCGGAAGUGCGCCAUCUUGCUAAUCUCAGAAAGAGGAAGAUCGUUGAGCUGUUCUUGGGGAUUUGCAAUUGAGAUCACUUACAAUAAUGAGUGACUGCAAACUGUGGUUCAGCUGCUUACUUCUCUAGUCCAUUGACGUCUUUUGAAAUCUAGUCACGACGGCAACAUAAUCAAACAACAUGUCGAAAUUGUACGGGUGCAAGUGACAAUGCAUAUGCAAACCUGUGGCGAGUUCAGGAAGGCGAGCUGUUACGAUCAAUUUGACUGGUACCAUCGUCUUCUGUUAUGUCACAUUCAUUUAACGUUAGGCGCAAACAAAACCAGUCUAGCAAACGACCGCGAUCGCUUGCUCUUCUGGACACGCCUCUGGUGUGACAUUUGCUUUAGAAAAUAAUGGAAUCUCAUAAAGAAAAGUCAUUGUUUUUAUUUUUAUGUUGGAGGAUUGUUUCUCAGUAUACACAGUUUCAUGUCUGCGGGUCAGGAGGAUUGACGGUUUUCUUGUCAUCGUUGUUUAUGCUAUACAUUUGGGGGUUUUUAUAGAACAGAACAUAUACCUAUACUUUAAAAUAUCAAUAUUUGGUUUUAGUUAUAUUGACAAUCAACUGAACUAGAUGUGACUAAUUUUUUUUUUUUUUUUAUGUUGGAGGAUUGUUUCUCAGUAUACACAGUUUCAUGUCUGCGGGUCAGGAAUUGACGGUUUUCUUGUCAUCGUUGUUUAUGCUAUACAUUUGGGGUUUUUUAUAGAACAGAACAUAUACCUAUACUUUAAAAUAUCGAUAUUUGGUUUUAGUUAUAUUGACAAUCAACUGAACUAGAUAUGACUAAUUUUUUAUUUUUUUUUAUUUUAAGAUAUGAAUAUUUUACUUAAAAGAUACUCAUAAUUAUUUUAUAAUAUUCAAAAUGUAUCAGCGUAAAUAUUUAAAAUACAAUACAUACGCAGUUUAAAUUUUUUUUUAAAUUAAUGAACUGUUAAAUCAGCUGUUACUGCAGUUGGGAUGUUUGUGCAAAUAUACAUGCAAUGGAUUUGUGCGAAAACUUUAAUGAUAAUUUAUGAGGCUUGUUUUUUUAAAACAUACUAGUAUGGAUUUAAGCAUUGUAAAUAUAAUAGUUGAUGUUUGUGAGUAGAAAACAGACUGUAAAUUCAGCCGUAUGUUUCUAAAUACACAUUAGACAGCAUUGGCGAAUCUAGUGGAGUUUACAAUUUGAAUUCACUAUAAAAUAGUUUGUUACUUGUUAUGUAGAAAGUAUUAUCUGCCAUGUCAGAUACACUAUUCCAGUCUACACGAUAUCAAAUGACGUUUUGUUUGUAGUUGUUAAUUUGUUAUACUUUUGUUUAUUUGUUAUACUUAAAACUGCGAUUGUUGAGAAUAUGUUGAUCUUAUCACUAGAAACAUUUUAACUUUAUUUCAUUUUAAAAAAAAGUAUAGAUACCGGUAUGCAUAUACAUUUCUUACCAAAGGGUUUUAUUAUUUCUAUUAUUUUAUAUACAUUUGUGUGACGGGUUGUUGUUUUUUGUUUUCAUUUCCAAAAUGAUAGCAUUUAGAUAUUUGCUUUUUGAGCAUUGUUAUUAAAAUGUAUCCAUCUUACAUUGUAUUCGAUACACGAAUGUAUAUUAUUUUUGCUACAGACCGAAAAACCGUGCAUGAGAAUGAACGUUAUUGAUUGGUAUGUUAUAUUAAAAAAAAGCACGUGUGCCUAGAAACCGGUCUUUAAAGUUGUUUUUCAAGUGAGAAAGUCGUUGCAAAGCAGCUCUGUACAUAAACAACCUGCCAGAAUUUAACCUUGUCAAAGUUGUUGCCAAAGUGUUAGUAUUCAACUGUUUGUUUCGUUGAUCGUAAGUCACCAGAGGAUCAGGUUUGCUGUUUAAAAAAGUGUUCCAAAGACCGUUAUGUAUCGUGUUUAACGUCGGCCUCAGUGGGGUGGUAGUUAAUAAUUAAGCCAUCGGUCUUGAUGCGUAUAUAUACUGGGUUCACAUGCCGGCACUGGGUCCCACCAAGAGUUAGCAGUAAAGGCCCAGUGGGGCGGGGUGGGGGGUAAAUACCAUUAACGACUUGGUUUUCACCAACUAUUAACAACGAGCCUUAGUCCUAAACAAAGUUUCAAAUAACUGAGAUAAAAUGAACCAUACUUGGAUAUAGGUACAAAAACUGAAUGAAGCUGUUCUUCGCGACUAUGUACAUUGCUACAAAUUAGGGGAUGGGGAGGAACAAAAAAUAGCUAAUAUAAUUUAACAAGCUUUAUUUCCUAAAUCUCUAUAUAGUCUGGGCUAAGUUUUGCAAUGAUUAAAAAGUUUCUGAUUAAUUGUUAUGUGUUUGAGUAAUGUUUUAAUUUAGAAGCAAACAUUUUGAUUUUCGAAAAUAAAUAGAAAAUGCAGUCUAAACCUAGAUCCACAGUAAGGCCUAUAUUGAGAAGAAUCCAGGAAGAGUGUUCUGUUUCCAGUGGUGGUCAGCAAGCUCCAACUUUGUUGCGAGUGACAUUGACAAAAUUGGCACCACGCUUGUUAAGUUUCUGAAUGAUGUAUGCAAAUUGUUAUAAUGUUAAUAGUACUGGGUUUUUUAUAGGAAUAUGUCCGUGUAUUGUUUGUUAUAUAAUGCAUUUUAAAAAUAAAUUAAUAGUUUAUUUAUUA